AUCUCCAAAGCCAAGGGUGCACAUGAGGAUGAAAACUAUGGCUGGGAGGAGGCAUGAAGAGAGGCAGGACAAAGAGGGAGGGGCAAUUGGGAGCUGAAAUCAGAAGUGGACCCUGGAGAGGAGCUCCUAAUAUAAAUAUUCCUACCAGCCAGUAUUUUGUGAACAUUGUGUAAACGAUGGUGUUAAGACUAAAUCUUUGAUAAAGCUAAAGAUUCCAGAUUAAAGACUAUGGAACUGAAGAAUAAGAGAGAAACAAAAUUCAGGAUUUUUGUACUUGUUCUUAUAAAACUGCUCAAAACCAAUUUUCUAGUGAUUUGCUAGGUAGGUUUCACACAUUCUGGAAAACCUUUGCAUCCUCCCUGAUACCAUCAGCCAGAUAAGGGAUGCCAUAAAAAACACUGUAAGUUAAAACACUGUUAUAGCAUUAUUCAAACACAGUUAUUUCUUCUUUCAUUUUGUCCUUAUUUUUUUAGGUUAUGUAAUUUCUAAGGAUAUCAACCAGGUCUAUUCUGCAUAUAUUGCUGUAUCCUCAGUGGAUGGUUCAAUAACCUUGCAUAUGGGCAAUCCUCAAUCAUUUGUCGAGCUGUUCUUUAUACAUUUUAUUUUACAAUACUCAUCUCUUGGGAAUUACUAAAUUACUAUUCUUUCCAUCCCUGAAAGUCAAGACUAAUAAAUAUCUUAUGAACAGGAAGUACAUUCACAGAGCAGCUUCUAAGAACUAGAGCUUCUGCAGCAUCAUCUAAGGGAAAUAUUUUCUUUUUUGCAAGGCCUGCAAUGUGGCUCAACAUCACUGCUUCCCCAUUUCUGCUUACUGGCUUCCCAGGCAUGGAGAAGGUGCAUCACUGGAUCUCCAUACCAUUAUUAGUGGUCUACAUCUCCAUACUCCUCGGUAAUGGCACCCUUCUCUUUCUCAUCAAGGAUGAUCAAAACCUCCAUGAGCCCAUGUACUAUUUCUUAGCUAUGUUGGCAGCUACAGAUCUUGGAGUGACAUUGACCACAAUGCCCACAGUUCUGAGAGUUCUGUGGCUGAAUCACAGAGAAAUAGGCCACAGGACCUGCUUCUCUCAGGCCUACUUUAUCCAUACUCUUUCUAUAGUGGAGUCUGGUGUUUUGCUUGCCAUGGCCUAUGACCGUUUCAUUGCCAUCUGCAACCCCUUGAGAUAUACUUCCAUCCUUACCAAUACCAGGGUAAUGCAGAUUGGAAUGGGGGUAUUGACAAGGGCUGGUUUAUCGAUUAUGCCAAUAAUUAUUCGUCUUCACUGGUUUCCCUAUUGUCGAUCCCAUGUCCUCUCUCAUGCGUUCUGUCUACACCAAGAUGUCAUCAAGUUAGCCUGUGCUGACAUCACCUUCAAUCGUCUCUACCCAGUAGUUGUUGUAUUUGCAAUGGUCUUAUUGGACUUUUUCAUCAUCUGUUUUUCCUACAUUUUGAUCCUCAAGACUGUCAUAGGCAUUGCUUCUGGAGAAGAGAGGGCCAAGGCCCUCAACACAUGUGUCUCUCAUAUCUGCUGCCUCCUGGUUUUCUAUGUCACUGUAGUUGGUCUGACAUUUAUCCAUAGGUUUGGAAAGCAUGCCCCUCGUGUGGUCCAUAUCACAAUGAGCUACAUUUACUUCCUUUUCCCCCCUUUUAUGAACCCUAUCAUUUAUAGCAUUAAGACCAAACAGAUACAGAAUGGAAUAAGUCGCUUAUUCUCUCUGCCUCAUACUAGAGCAUAAAUUUGGAAAAGCUGACAGUUAGUUGGUAGGAGCAAUUAGGGAAAGUCAUGUCAACAGAAACUAACCUCUCUGCUAUUUAGAACAUCAUCUUACCCUGUUUAUUGGCUACUGAGUUGUAUAUGAUAUACCUGUAUUUACCAUGUAUAAUGUCGAAUUUUUUGCCCAAAUUUUUGAAGAAAAAUUAAGGAUGAACAUUAUACAUGGGUAUAAUUAUUAUAUACCAUGAGUAUAAUGAUCCUGUGUAUAAUGUUCACAAAAACAUGCAUGCACAUUAUACAUGGCAAAAUAUGGUAACAUAUAUAACACUAAGCACACAUUUCAAGUUUCCAACUAAUUUACUGUUUCUCAGGUAAUUCACCCUGUUUGGUGAAUCUAUGGCACUUGAAAUAUUAUUCUUGGUCUAUGAUAUUCACCACCAGAGUCUGAGUUAAAUUCCUUUGUUUCCCCUAUGUUCUGAAUAUAUUGGCUCUGAUGUACCUAGUAAUUACAUCCUUCAUCUCAGAUAUUUGUCUAGUUUUUUUUCACUUUCAUAGAGCUAGUUGUUAUCUAGAGAAUUGCACUAGGUAAUGCAAUGAGCCUUACUUUGUCCUCAGUUCAAUAUGCCAAAUCUAGGAAAAGUAUACAUGA